AUGCCCUCCGGACCGCUUCAAUUGCCUGUUACAAUGAUGGGUGCUGGUGUUCUUUUGAGCGUUGGCUUUCUCUUGACCUGUUUCUGGAGUUGUAAUGGGCAGAACAUAACAACAACAACUAUCACGACGGUCGCUGCAACCACCGCGGCAGGCGGAAAUUCAACUGGUAAGGGGCGGCAUGUUGUAAACUGCGGUAGUUCAUAUUUUCCAUGCCUUGCGGCAACCUUUAAUUUAAGUUUUUUGCGCUUGAUUAAAAUUUAAAACGUAUUUUUUAAUUGAAAUAUGCAAAUUUUAAAAAAAUGAUAUUUUUAGUCUCCUCCCAAACAGUCCAGACCACAACUGCAAGUGCUGUCUUAGAAAUGUGCGAGGUCUUAGACGGCCUGCAGAACAUGAUGAUGUCAUACUAUGACAACUCUACGAGUAGGUGUUAUGUGGUUGUGGGAAACGAAAAAUCCGAUUAUAACACGACCGUGGAGAAGUGCAAUAUUCUCGAACAAAGCGCGGAUGGGAAUUGGACUUGCCGGGUUCCGAACUUGGACACGACCAAUGUGAUUAACGAAUUGCCCGCGAAGAUGAAGGUGGGUUCAAAAUUAAGUCAAAAACUUUGAGUAAAUUGCGCACAUUACAUCAAAAAAUACGUAUGACAGUAGAAGGAAAUAUAACAUAUUUCGGAAAUAAAUUUUUCUUUAUGAGUCCUCCCAUUUUAGAUGUCCUACUACUUUAUUGGUCUUCGUCGACCAUCUUGUAAUGCCACCUGGAUUUGGGAUGUUGGAGAGAACGUAACAGCUCCUUAUAAAGGAAAUUUCUCGACCCUAGAGGCGGGAGAUGAAUGUAGUUAUAAUAAUUAUGUAAUCUCUGCUACCGGAAUCACUCCCGCCUACAUGAAUUACACUACUCAGACGUUCUGCGAAUGCGGUGAGUUAAUUUCAAAACCUUUGGCUUAUUUUGAUUAAGAGCGCUCUGAUUUCUCAUCGUUUUGAAUUUCUUAUUGCCUAAGGCUUCCUACUGUAACAGCAUUUUGAAUUCUAACAUUUUUGAAUAAUUCAAGUUCUCUCCAGGGUAUUGCAAUUACAUUUUUUCAGGGACCCACCUCAACAACGUUCCCGGACUCCUUGGAAUUUCGUUUCUCCUGCUCUUUUCCACCUUGGUUAUCACCAUGGCUACGUGA